ACACAAUUAACAUGCAACUUUUGUGAUUUUAUUAAGUAACGUGUGACAAGUGCAGCUUUUAAUGUUAAGUGGAGGUCCCGUAUAAUAUUUAAAAGAGUACAGAGUUGACUUUGAAAUGCUUAUUUCAUGGAAAACUUUGUCUUGAGACUAAAGGGAGGUAUGUACACGAUUGGCCUUGGUUGCCAUGGUGAAAGUUGCCGCAUGGAAGGGUGAGUUGCCAUGGCAACACAGAAAACAGCUCAUCGGUGACGUAGUAGGAACUCCAACGUCCCGCUGAAAUUCGGGGAGAACGUCAAAGCAGACGCGUGCUUUACGUCGUUGUCGCCAGCCCAAGCGGAGGUGAGGUCACUAAUUCAAGUUACGACAUUUAACAGAGACGAAAUAUCAUGUAACGAGUUCGCGUUCAACAGUAAAUAACAUCUCAUGAGUCCACCUUGAACGAGUGGUCAGAAAUACCGACUUUCUAUCAGUACUGGAACGCACCGUUGUGUCCGCUAGCGUGCUCAUGUCGCCGGCUAAUCGGUAAUAGUGAAAGAUAAACCUAACUAAAGCUCGCUACUUUCAAAUAUAUCACGGAGAGUUAAUAUACUGUAUCGGGUGGCCCAAACGUUGGUAUACACUAACGUUACAGUUUGGAUGGAGUGAUAGUUGAGGAUGGAAGCGGCGGGCAGCUCUCUGCCGGAAGUGACGUCGAGGGGCAGGAGGCAGAAAAGCAGGAAGUCUGCCCAAACCUCAGAAAAAUCAGCACAGAUUCUCUCCAAGGACGAUAUCGCAAAGUUCAUUAACAGUCGGAAGCAGAACAUCUGCGUGGGCCUGCUCCAACAUGGCUUCCACAGGUCGUUUUCGGAGCUCUUCCUGCUGCUGCGCUUGGAUCGGGAGCGGCGGGAGGCGGCCGAGAUCAACUCGGCUCUCAGCCUUCAGACGCCUCUGGAGGAGCAGCACGCCAAAGUCCAGAGCGUCGGUCUGCACCUGAGCCGGGCCGAGCGGGCCCAACGGGACGGUCGUUGGCCGGCGGCGUACGAGCAGCGUCUUCAUUUGGGCGCCUACUUCACGGCCGAGCGGGAGGACCUGUGGCUCAGCUUGCACUUCUACCACACGUGCACGCAGGCGCGGGAAGACGGCUGCAUGAGGCACGCCACCGAGGGCCGCGCGUGCUUGGCUGAGCUCUACCUGCAGCAAGGUCAGCUGGAAAAAGCGAGGCAGCAGGCCGAGCUGUGCGUGCAGAUGGCCGACGAAGGCGGCUGGCUGGACUCGUCCGGUCGCUCGCUGCCGCGCCGAGCCCGCGAGAGCAUGUGGGCCAUCUGCAGCCGGCAGGCGGACGCUCGCAUCAAGGCCGGCGAUCCCGAUGAGGCGCUCCAGCUGCUCCACCGCGGCUACGCCACCGCCACCGAGUCUGAAAACAAAAACAUUGAAGGCGAGGCCGCCUAUCAGCUGGGACUCGCGUACUACAGCGUCGGCGACUAUGACACGUCCGAACAGUACCUCAACACCUCCAUGCACAUCUGCAGCACCACGGAGGAUUUCGACGGCCUGGGGAAGGCCUACAAGGCCGUGGCCAAGUUAUGCGAAAGCAAGGGAAACCUCAACAGCACCAUUCAGCUUUUGGAGACGUUAGUUGACAUCUCUCGUAGCAACGGCCUACAUCACCACCUCGUGGACGCGUGCCUAUGUCUGGGCAACGUCUACACCAACAGGAGGCAGUACGAUCGAGCUCGCGAGAGUUUGCUCCAGGGUUACAGCGUGGCGUGUGACAUUGGAGACGUGACUCUGGUGCAGAAGGCUCAGGUGUCGCUGGCCAGCGCUCACACUCGGUGCAUUGUGGGGAAGUACAGCGCCGACGUGGAGUCCCCCGCGCCUGCCGCCCUCUCACGGCUGCUGGACUGGAAGGUGUCGAGAGGACUCCGUGACCGCAGUGACAACGCUGGCGUGUGCGACUAUUAGACUCGUGGCAUGUACUGUAAUCCCACCAUCAGCAAAGAAAUACUAUAAAAGUCACUGUUGUACUUAAUAAACGACUUGAU